AUGAUACCCGGGCAGGCAGAUGCCACAAAGAGAGAAGGAUCAGCGGAGGAAUGGUCGGGGGCUUUCUUUCCACGGCAGCCCUCUGUUACAUCACCGGCCCGGAAGGGCCUCCCAGACCAAGGUUCUGUUAGUGAGGAGGACGCCAAUUCAGCCACAAACGUGGAGGAGGAGGAGGACAAUGAGGAGUUUCUAGAGCAGCUCAUGUCUUUGACCUCCCGCGGCUUACCCCAGCUGGAGGUUGAGGAGAAAUACAGCAUUGCCAAGGAGUUGGGCAGCGGCUCUUACGGACACGUCCUGCUGGUCCAGCACCGCGAGAGAGGGACUUCAAUGGCACUGAAGCUGACGUCCAAGGAGAGGACAGGGAGACGAGAGUUCCUGCGGGAAUACUGCAUUGCUCUCUGCCUUUCCUCACACCAUGCCCUUCUCCGAACAACUGGCAUUGCUUUUGAGACGUCCACGCAUUACGCCUUUGCCCAGGAGUUGGCGCCAGCAGGGGAUCUCUGUGCCAUCUUGAGCUCAGGGCAGGGCAUUCCCGAGGUGCAGCUGAAGAGGUGCGCAGCCCAGUUGGCUGAGGCUUUGGAUUUCAUGCAUGGCAAGGCCUUGGUGCACCGGGACAUAAAGCUGGACAACGUGAUGCUCUUUGACAGCAAAUGCCGGCUGGUGAAGCUGGGCGACUUUGGCCUGACGAGACUGGAGGGCACUCGAGUAGCUGCCAUGUCUGGCACCCUGCCUUACUCUCCACCCGAGUUGUGCCUGCUGGAGGGCAGUGAUACUCUGUCUCUGGACUCCAGCCUGGACGUCUGGGCCUUUGGGGUGCUGCUGUUCUGCCUCUCCACUGGUUGCUUCCCUUGGGACGUGGCAAUGAGCCCCGACCCUCAGUUCGAGGAAUUUAGUAACUGGCAGAACCGUACGGUGCCAGGGGAGGCUCCUGGCCUGUGGAAGGGCUUCACCGCCAAUGUCUUGGGAAUGUUCCGUCGUUUGAUGACUAUGGACCCUGAUCGCCGCAGUCCUGCUAUCGAAGUGCACAAGUACUUACCCCUGCCUUGGCUGGUGGACAGCUCCAGAGCAACACAGAGUCCACUGGGGGAUCAUCUCAAGGGAACAAAUUCCGUUGCGUGCUUCAGAGGCCCCACAGGGGACAAUACUGGCUUGGGCAGGGGCACCCAGGAGAAAUGCCCUGGACUGAUCAUCCCUGAAAAAACCCACGCCAUACAGAUAGAUCCUGAUCUUAGAAGCCGGCCCAGUUUACAGGAAGGCUCCAGAUUAGCAGAGGCUGGACUCCAGCCUUGAACAAGGUCCGAGGUGAGAAGACCAGAAUCUUCCCUGACAGGCCACAA